AUGCUGCGGGAAAGGUUGGAAGACUUGAUCAGCAGGGCAGAGUCGCUCAAAGCACGAGCCGCAAAUGGCACUCAGGCUCCAACAUCUCCUGGAGGCUACGGCGGAGCCGGUGCCGCGACGCAAGCACCGCCUGCCACAGGCACCGCAGAAGAUGCGGAAGACAAAGAGAAAGAAAAACUCAAGAAAGGGCUGGAGGGCGCCAUCAUGACAAGCAAGCCUAACAUCAGGUGGGAUGACGUGGCUGGCUUGGAGGCUGCCAAGGGCGCGCUCCAAGAGACUGUGAUCUUGCCCACCAGGUUCCCACAGCUUUUUACUGGCAAGCGAGUCCCAUGGCACGGCAUCCUUCUUUAUGGACCUCCAGGCACAGGGAAGUCUUUUCUGGCCAAGGCCUGUGCCACAGAGGCAGACGCCACUUUCUUCAGCAUCUCAUCCUCUGACUUGGUUUCCAAGUGGAUGGGCGAGAGCGAGAAGCUCGUCCGGAGCUUAUUUGAGAUGGCCCGAGAGAGUAAGCCGGCCAUCAUUUUCGUGGAUGAGGUGGACUCCUUGUGCGGCGCUCGAGGCGAAUCUGGAGAGUCAGAUGCGGCCCGGCGCAUCAAGACGGAGUUCCUGGCACAGAUGGAUGGAGUUGGAAAGGACAGCUCACAAAUUCUCGUUCUGGGAGCGACGAACACUCCCUGGGAUCUGGACUCCGCCAUCCGCCGUCGCUUCGAGAAGCGAGUGUACAUCCCGCUACCGGAUUUGGAGGCGCGGGUUCGGCUGCUGACACUGCACCUGGGAGACACGCCACACAGCUGUACUCCCGAGGCUAUCCGUGGAAUAGCCGCCCAGACGGACGGUUACAGCGGUGCCGACAUCUCUAUCCUGACGAGGGAUGCCCUUUUCGAGCCAGUCAGGAAAUGCCAACGAGCCAGAGCGUUCAAGCGCGUCGAGAGGGUCACAGGCGAUGGCAAGCGGAGCUUCUGGACACCGUGCAGUCCCGGGGAACCUGGGGCUGUGCCCAUGACUCUCAUGGAGGUCCCGGCAUCCGAGCUGCUGUCGCCAGAUGUCGAAGCAUCCGACUUUGAGGUGGCUUUGGAGAAGGUGCGCCCGAGUGUCAGCCCCGGCGACCUCAAGUCACAUGAGGAAUUCACCUCGAUGUUCGGAAUGGAGGGCUGA